AUGAAAUCAUUCUCUCAUUUUAGUCCAUAUUGGCCAAGCAGACCGUCGCAGUGGGGUGAAACUAUGGGGCCUGAUGUCUGCAGUACCUCACAACAUCACCAGUCCGGCAACCCGAAAACGACUUCCCGAUUGUCGACCUUGAUCACGCUUCUGAUGGUACUGCUUCUGUCGUCGGUGGUUUCUGCGGCUGCCAUUCCAGAUGACUCUCCCCCACUAGCUCAUGGUGCGUUCCUAUCGCGAACGGAGGCGUUUCCGGGCGAUCAUCUGGAUAGUGGGCAAGCCCGAUACGGCAAAACCUGGGUCAUCGAGAGCAGUCUAGCCGACGAAGCAGCCACGCUACCCAUCCUCGUUGCCCCGGAGGAGGUCGUUGAGGAGCAUACUUCAUCGCACCUGCACGCUCGCUCCUACCCCGGCUCCGACUCGCUGCCGACACCCUUCGACACCAAUCUCUCCAACAACUUCACAGCCGAGAGCUGCCCCCAGUUCUUCAACGACUUCCUCUCCAACUCAACGGUCACCUCCUGCUAUCCCAUCUCGCUCCUCCUCCACGACUCCACCUCCUUCUUCCACACUCUCACCUCCGCAACCGCCACCUCGCACGUCCUCGACCUCUCCUGCGCCGCCUCCGUCGACACCUGCGCCUCCAUCUUCAACCGACUUGCCACCGACCUGCUGAAAGCCGACGCCUGUGGUAAAGACUACGAGCUCGGAAACCCGCUCGUCGCAAGCGCCUACACAGGCUUCAUCACCUACGAGCCCGUCUACCGCGCCGCCUGCCUCAAGAACCCCGACACAAAAGAUUAUUGUUUCGUCGACGCAGCUACCAACGCCUCCUCCCCGCAGAACCUCGACACCUACUCCAUCCCCGCCGGGUACACCACCGACGAAGCCCCCUGGCCCACCUGCAACGAGUGCCUGCAAGCCAGCAUGGAUAUCUUCAGCCGCUGGGCGCAGGUCGACGGCCAGCCGCUCACGACGUCCUAUCUCCCCUCUGCUUUGGCGCUGAACCGGCACUGCGGCGAUAACUUUGCGAAUGUGAACAUCACUGUGGGCGAGAAAGCGAAAACGACAUCGGGGGCUUGGAAACCGGCCGCGGUUGAUUGGCGGCUGGUUGGGUGGACGGUGGCGCUGAGUCUUGGGACGUCGCUGCUGUGA